AUGCAUCGACGAUGCGGCGCGAUCCUCCGAUCCCAUCUACUCGGACCCAAUCUGGGAGGCCUCUGCCUGAGGGAUGGGACCCGCAGGAGGGGGGGUGGAGCACAUGUUGAGCCUUCACUGGUGGAGGUUCUCGUCCUCGGGGCCCCAUCCCUGUGGGUCCCACCUUUGAGCCGCCGGCCGUCGCUUCCCUCGGGGAAGGCGGAGCGGCACGAGCAUCCGUGCUCGAGGGCCCGCGCGGAUCUCCUGGAUCGGUGCUGGACCCCCUGGCGGGCGGGGAGGGGGCCAGCACCGCUCCGAGAAGGCCGUGCGGGACCUUCGAGCGCGCGCGCGUCCGUGCCGCCGUUGCCUCUCCUGCACCCGCGAGCCGACCACCGCGGGCCUGCCCCCGCGGGGCAGGUGGAGGAGCCUGGUGAAGUACGUGCUGGACCCUCGGCGGAUGGUCCACACGUACUCCCUGCUCCUCCUCAUCUGUCUGUUCAUCCCCGGCCCCUACUUCGCCGACGCCGCCCUGUCCUCGUACAAGCUGCCGGUGUCGGAGGGCAUGCGCCUGUCCAACGAGGAGUUCGGGCUCCUCUUCGCCGUGAGCUCGCUCACGGGCGUGCUCUGCGGCCCCGUGGGCGCCGCCAUCACGCGCCUGGGCCGCACCUCCACCCGGCCGUGGCCCUCGGCGCGGGGCUGGCCUGCGCAGUCGGCUCCCUGUUCACGGUCCUGGGCUUCCGCUGGGGCUUGCUGCGCGUGAUGCUCCUGGCCCGCUGCGUGUUCUGGCUGGCGCUCAACGCCCUCCUGAUGGUGCAGACGCUGCUCGUCUACAGCAUCUUCAAGGGUAAGGCCGUGGACGUGGCCUACAGCCUGAUCGUGACGGCCUGCCGCCUGGGAGGUGUGCUCGGGUACUGCCUGUCGGGCCCCAUGCUCGGCAGGUGCGGCCUCGAGGGCGCCCUGUGGGUGUCUGUCGGCAUGGUCUUCCUGGCCUUUGGCGCCACGCUGCUGUUCGCGUACCUCUUCCGAGGCUCGGCCACCGCCCGCUCUGUGCGUCCGCACCUCGAGCGCCGCCGAUCCUCUCGCAGCCCAGCGAGCUCUCCCCGCAGUCAGACGGGCUCCGUGCGCCCGGAGCCGAGCGAGUUCUCGCUGCGCCUGCUGCGGAGCAUGCCAAGGAGCGUCCUCUCGCUGACCUUCGCGACCGGCGCCUUGUACGGUACAGUGUUUCCUUUCGAGGUCGUGGCCAACGACAUGCUGCAGAACGAGUUCCGCUACGACGCCAACAGCGCGGGCUACCUCGUGACGGUGAUCCCUGCGGUGUCCAUCUUCUCUCCGCUGCUCAGCCAGCUCCUUGGCACGGGUGUGCGCUGCAGGCUCGCCUGGUGCUGCGCAGGCUUCGUCAUGCUCAUAUCUGCGCAGCUGCUAAUUUGCACUUGGGAUCCCUCGGUGACAAUUCCGUGCCUGGCGCUCAUGGGCCUCGGCUUCGCAGCGUCGGUCUGCUCCAUCUGGACGACGCUGCCCCUGCUGCUCAGGCUGGAGGUGCCAGAGGAGGACUACAAGGCCAUGGAGGGGCUGGCGACGAGCCUGGGCUUCUCGACGCUGGCGGUGACGCAGUUCAUAUCCAACCUCGCCGUGGGGGCCCUGAGGGACGCGGGGUCCUACAGGGCGGCCUGCGCCUGGCUGGCCUCCGUCAGUUCCGCCGGCCUACUGUGCUUGGUGCCACCGGCCCCUCGCCUGCCACGCGCCGUUGGCGGGCGCCGCCGCCUGCGCGCCCGCGGCGCCCGAGGAGGCGGCGGACUGGAGCAGCGCGGGCAGCCGCACGCCCGCGGAGGCGGGCACGGCGGGCCGCGACUCCAGCCGCGGGGUUCCUCGACCUGUGUGCGGUCGACGGGGACUCCCGUCGGACCGCCCCGCUCGUCCAGGAGGACUACUACGCGCAGUGAGAGUGCCACCCUCAUUUUGUGGUACCCCAGCGCUUCUGACCCGCUCACUCACUGGUGCCUCGACGGCGUCGAAUGGUCUGAUGGCGGUGGUGCACGACCUGCCCAACAUAUGUGGUCUCCCCUCCGUGCCUCCCGGGCAGCGCCGCCGGGCCGCUUCUGCUCCCGGUGCCGCGCGCCGCGGCCGCCCGCGGACACGGGCCGCGACGGGGCACGCGCGCCGGCGCCUGCCGCGCGCAGUGCUCGGGCGAUCCAGGGCCCGCCGCGCAGACGGGGGAUGCAACAUAACCUGGUGCGUGCCGCCGAAUUCUGGGUUUUUCUCCUGGCCUGGCCCUCCCACAGCAGCAGCAGCAGCAGCAGCAGGUGA